CUGGCAUAUGUUAAAUCAGGCAGUGGCUUGGAUUGUUCGGAAAGCUUGAGUUUCAUUCAGGUCUUAUAUACCUCAUUUUAGGACAUAAAAUUUAUCUCAAACCUAAAAAAAGAUAAAAAUAAGAAAUAUAAUGCCUGAAUUACUGGUAGAACCUAAAGAAAAGGUUGAAGUGAAUACAGACGUGAAUAUAGAAGAACCAGAAAAAAAAAGUUUAAGUCGAACCCAACCUGAACCCGGGACAGAAAAUAAUGAAUCUAUUGAAAAUCCAACCUUGCAUCCUGAACCUGGAGAAUUUAAGGAUGAAAAUGAUCCUGCUGAUAACCUAUCUGAUGUAAAAUCCUCAAAACCUGUGUUUGGAGAGAGUUCUCUUGUGCUUGAAUCUUCUGAAUAUUCCAACCCUGAAUCAAGAGAGGAACCUUCUUCAAAACUAGAAACUGAAGAAGAUGUUAUUUAUCCGAAAGAUGAUCCUACCAAUUCUAAUCUCAAACAUUCCGAUGAUGAAUCAACAGAUAAUUACUAUGAGCCUAAACCUUUUGAAGUUGUAAGCUUAGCCCAGCAGUUUAUCAAGCUCGGUUUACCCCUGGACGCUGAGAUCCUUGAUGUCGCCUGUGGGACUGGAGUGGUGGCAGAGGAGUGCAGGGUGGCCGGUUAUACACAGAUCGACGGACUGGAUCCAUGUCAGGGAUAUCUUGAAGGCGGUAUUAGCCGUGGUAUCUUCCGAAAAGUGUUUCGUGAGUUUAUAGACCCGGAGAAGCAGACAUCAAUUCCAGAUUCUACCUAUGACGCACUGCUCUGCUGUGCAGGCUUUUUUCAGGGUUUGAUAUCUCCACUAGGGUUCCAAGAACUGAUUAGAAUAACUAAACCUGGAGGAAUUAUUGCCUGGAAUAUUGCUGAAGGAUAUCAGCACUAUGAUAACCACUAUGCCAGGUUUGAUGAAUAUGUGAUGAUGUUGGUUAGAGAGAGAAGGUGGGAGUUUGCUAGACCUGUUGUUAGGCAUGAGAAGAUGGCAUUUACAGAUUGUGGUUCAGCAUACCUUAGAGGGUUCGAAACAUUGGGGGGUAUACAAUGUGAGGGAUUUACGUAUAUUAUGCGCAAAAUAUAAAAAGAUUGUAUGCGCAAAGUUUAAAGAGAUUGUGUGCGCAAAGUAUAAAAGGAUUGUAUGCGCAAAAGUAUAAAAUGUUGCGUGCUCAAAGAGCAAAUGAUUUUAUUUAUUUAUUUAUUCAUUUUUAUUCAGCUACAACGCAUGAGAUAAUACAAAUCAAAAAUAACAAUUUUCUUUGUAGUUUGGAUCCGCCUAAGUUUCGAAUGUAUACGAUAUUUUUUGGAAAUAAAGUAAAUUCAAAAUUUUUAA